GCACGAGGUAAACAGUAGCGGCUUCCGCAGUAAACUUGGUAUAUUAGCAGCCACAGUACAGCACCAGUCUGGGUGAAAUCCUUCAAAAAUGGGCCACUGUGUUUUCCUCAUUUUAGCGGCUUUGUUUUCCGUCACAUCGACACAGUUUAUCCCGCCGUACACAGAAGAAUGUCGGACAGAAAUGUAUCCACCAAAGGGUCCCACGUUCAGAGGAGCUGUCGGUUGGUACACAGUGGACCUUGACCUACCGCCCAGCAAGAGAUGGACAGCUCUAAUCACUGACAAAAAAACUGAUCUGGUCAACAUGAUCCAGGCCAUCCGAGACUUGGCUAAUGCGUUUGUGCCCAGUGGAAGGCUGAUUGAGCUGGUUGACAUUACGCUGCCUUUGAUGGUGGACACUCUCCCAAACCCUUUCGGUGAUGAAAUCAAAGGAAUUGCAGCUGCUUCAGGGAUUCCUCUUGGUGAAGUCGUCUUGUUCAACAUCUUCUAUGAGGUGUUCACUGUGUGCACAUCAGUUGUUGCAGAAGACAAUAAGGGUAACCUCAUUCAUGGUAGAAAUCUGGAUUUUGGAUUAUUUAUGGGCUGGGAUGUGAAAAACAAGUCAUGGAUCAUUAGUGAGAAGCUGAAGCCUCUGGUUGUCAACCUCGACUUCAAGAGAAAUAAUCAGACCGUCUUCAAGUCUACAAACUUUGCUGGAUACGUUGGCAUGCUGACUGGCAUCAAGCCUCACACAUUCACUCUGACUAUGAAUGAGCGCUUCAGUCUCGAUGGAGGAUACAUUGGAAUCCUGGAGUGGAUCUUGGGGAAGAGAGAUGGGAUGUGGAUGAGCUUCCUCACUCGCUCAGUCCUAGAAAAUGCAACCAGCUAUGAGGAAGCCAAAAGUCGCCUGGCUCAGACCAAGCUGCUGGCUCCAGCUUACUUCAUCCUCGGAGGAAACCAGACCGGCCAGGGCUGCAUCAUCACACGGUCCAGACUGCUCAGCAUUGAUCUCUUGGAGAUUGACCUGAAGCUGGGCCGGUGGUACGUCCUGGAGACCAACUACGACCACUGGAAGGAUCCUUUUUUCCUGGAUGAUCGCAGAACUCCUGCCGUGAGGUGCAUGAACCAGACCACACAGACAAAUGUCUCCCUGAAGACAAUGUAUGAUGUCCUCUCCACCAAACCAGUGCUAAACAAGUUGACCACAUACACAACACUGAUGCAAGUGUCUGAGGGAAAACUGGAGUCGUAUAUCCGCGACUGCCCGAAUCCCUGCAUGCCCUGGUAACACUCCAACCACUGAACCCUGAACAGUUUGUAAAUGCCUAUCUGCAUGGAGAAGCUGUGAUAAAGACAAGCUCAGCUGAUCUUGGGGCAGAAGUGGAUUUUGUUCCUUUUGAACGGUUUGCACAACUAUCAAAUCACAUGAACCAAAGUUUGUCUUGAUAUUUUGUGUUUUGGUUUCCAAACUAUUCAGGAAUACUUAAAAGCUUUGAAAAUACUGAAUAUUAUGUUUGUUUUUUCUGUCCCCUCAGUAAUUUUUACUGUAAUGGGUUAUUUGCAAAAUGAGUUAAUCAGUGAUCUCACCAUGGGCAUAGGGACCCCUGAGAUAAAGGCAUGUGUGUAAUUUCAAUUAAUGCAAAAUAUGGUUACAUUUUUUAGUUGGAUUUCUCAAAUCCACUCACCAUUUAGUGCCUCCACACUGUAGCCCUGCUUUAUUAGUUUUUGUUUUUGAAUCCAGGUCAAAGUCAAAAUGUUGACCUAGGUUAGUUACAGUCACUGUCUCACUGAUCACUGACCAUUUUACACACUGAUACUGACCAAUGUACCUCAUGGAUUAAGAUGUUUAAUAAAAUGAUUCCCAAAUUUA